ACAUUUACUACACAACAUAGCUAAAUCCCCUUCCUUUUCUUUCUCCCAAAUACACUUCAAGUAGCAAUCAAUUUUUAGUGUAUGGCACACACUUGAAGUUCCUUAGAAGAUAAAAAAUUAAUCAUUAUUCUGCAAAAAGCCCGUCAGAAAAUCUACAGUACCAUUAAGCAAUAACCACGGCAACCUCAAAACCAAACAAACCCUUACCAUUGAUCUCAACUCAGUUAGAUAUUAGGUACAGAACGACACCGUUAUGGAAAAACAAACACAAACGACGAAAGACGAGUCAAAACGCGGCGUCGUUUUAUUAGGAAAAUACGAAGUGCGAAGAUUAUUAGGCGUUGGUGCAUCAGCGAAGGUGUAUCACGCGACUAACGUUGAAAAUGGACAGAGCGUGGCGGUGAAAGUCGUGAGCAAGAAGAAAAUCAUCAGCAGUGGCUUCGCCGUGAACAUUGAGCGCGAGAUCUCGAUCCUCCGCUGUCUCCACCAUCCUAACAUCAUUGACCUCUUCGAAGUCCUCGCCACGAAGAGCAAAAUUUACUUCAUCGUCGAAUACGCCGCCGGCGGCGAACUCUACGAAGAAGUCGCCGGAAAAGAAAAACUCACCGAAGACCACGCCCGGAGAUACUUCCGGCAACUCAUCUCCUCCGUGAAACACUGUCACUCUCGCGGCGUAUACCACCGUGAUCUCAAACUCGACAAUCUCUUGCUCGACGAAAAGGAUAAUCUCAAAGUAACGGAUUUCGGUUUAAGCGCCGUUAAAAAUCAGAUCCGAUCCGAUGGAAUGCUUCACACCGUUUGCGGUACACCGUCCUACGUGGCACCUGAAAUUCUCGCUAAAAAAGGCUACGACGGUGCAAAAGCUGAUAUAUGGUCGUGCGGCGUCGUUUUGUUCGCACUAACUGCAGGAUAUUUACCUUUUAAUGAUUACAAUGUUACCGUACUUUACCGAAAGAUUUACCGCGGUCAAUUUCGUUUCCCGAAAUGGACGUCUCAUGAUCUGAAGAACCUCUUAUCACGUUUGUUGGAUACGAAACCUGAGACAAGGAUCACCAUUGAUGAGAUUCUAAAAGACCCGUGGUUCAACUCGGGUGGGUACCGGUUCGACCGGGUUUUAGUUAAGGAGCGUGAGUUGGAGGAGAAUCGAACCGGGUUUAAAAUUAAAUCAUUGAACGCGUUUGAUUUGAUAUCGUUUUCAACCGGGUUGGAUAUGUCGGGUAUGUUUGAGGAAAUCAGCGGGUCGGGUUUCAUGGAACGGGUUGUUUCGGGGGAGAAACCCGAGAGGAUUGUGGAGAGGGUGGAGGAAAUGGUUAAGGGAGCGAAGGUUGUUGUGAAGAGAAUGGAGAAUGGUGACGGUGCAAAGUUGGAAGGGCAUGAAGGUAAUUUGCUUGGUCUUGUUGUGGUUUACCGGUUAACGGAAGAGUUGGCGGUUGUUGAAAUGAAGUUGCGUGGAAGGGAGGACGAAUGUAGCGCUCUAUUUUGGAAAAAUAAAUUGCGACCUUUGCUUCUUGAAUUGGCUCACAAACAGGAAGUACCGGUCUCUCGGUGACUUCUUGUGUCAUUUAUUAAAAUUGGAUUAUUAUUUGGGUAUCUAUUGUUUCACUUUUUGGUAUAUGGUUUAAUUGAUUCAUUGAUAUCUUCUUCAAAACAGUAAUAAUAAUCCAUUGUUUUUUUAGGAUAAAGUGAUAAUUCCAUUGAUAAUAAUUUGGUCAAAAGAAAAACAAUUUAUUGAA